AUGGAGUGGUCUCCACAAAGACUUGCUCUUUUGGACAAAUGGCAUGAUGACCGCGUUGACCAGAGAGCGUGCCUUAUCUGUGGGGAUCGUGCCACGGGCCUGCAUUAUGGCAUCAUUUCAUGUGAGGGCUGCAAAGGAUUCUUUAAGCGCAGCAUCUGCAAUAAGAGAGUAUACCGGUGUAGUCGGGACAAGAACUGCGUCAUGUCGCGCAAGCAGAGGAACCGCUGCCAGUAUUGUCGACUCCUCAAGUGCCUCCAAAUGGGGAUGAACAGGAAAGCAAUCCGAGAGGAUGGGAUGCCAGGUGGAAGAAACAAGAGUAUUGGUCCUGUACAAAUUUCAGAUGAAGAGAUUGAAAGAAUAAUGUCUGGUCAAGAGUUUGAGGAGGAAGCCAACACUUCUUGGAGUAACAAUGGAGACAGUGACCACAGCUCGCCAGGCAAUGGAGUAUCUGAGAGCAACCAGCCUUCACCUGUGUCUACCCCCUCCUCCAGUAGGUCAAUGGAACUAAAUGGAUUUGCUUCUCUACGGGACCAGUAUUUGGGGACCCCCGGACCGACGCACUAUCAGUAUCUACCUCAUCUUUUCAGCUACUCCGCUCAUUCUGCUCUGAUCCCAUCUCAAGCACGAAGUCUGGACCCUCAGUCGCACACUCUCAUUAACCAGCUGCUGGCCGCUGAGGAUAUGGAACCACUCAACACCCCAAUGCUGAUUGAAGAUGGGUACAAGGUUACGCAGUCUGAGCUGUUUGCCCUGCUGUGCCGGCUUGCAGAUGAGCUUCUUUUCCGUCAGAUCUCAUGGGUGAAGAAGUUGCCAUUUUUCUGCGAUCUUUCCAUUAAAGAUUACACGUGCCUGCUGAGUACUACGUGGCAGGAGCUGGUACUGCUCUCCUCACUUACUACAUACAGCAAACAGGUCUUCGGGGAUCUAGCAGAUGUCACAUCUAAAUACUCUCCGUCUGAAGAUGAGCUGCAUAGAUUUAGUGAAGAAGGAAUGGAAGUCAUGGAGAGACUCAUCUACCUAUAUCGAAAGUUCGUCCAGCUCAAAGUGAGCAAUGAAGAGUACGUUUGCAUGAAAGCCAUUAACUUCCUGAAUCAAGAUAUCCAAGGUCUUAGCAGUAUUUCUCAGCUUGAGCAGCUGAAUAAGCGGUAUUGGUAUGUGUGCCAGGACUUCACAGAGUACAGGUAUCAACAUCAACCCAACAGAUUCCCAGACCUCAUGAUGUGUUUGCCAGAGAUUCGCUACAUUGCCGGAAAAUUGCUGAAUGUACCUUUGGAGCAAUUACCGCUGCUUUUUAAAGCAUUUCUCCACUCCUGCAAGACAAGUGUUACCAAAGAGUGAGCAAGAAUCAA